AUGGCUUUCCAGACACUAGCCUGCUUCCUUGCUCUCAUCGCUGUUGCAAAUGCUGCCAUCACUAGGCGUGUUGCUUGUCCCGAUGGUAUCAACACCGCUACAAACGCGGCAUGCUGCGCGUUGUUUGCUGUCCGUGACGACAUCCAGACAAACCUGUUUGAUGGUGGCGAAUGCGGUGAGGAGGUGCACGAAUCCCUCCGCCUGACCUUCCACGACGCGAUCGGUUUCUCGACUACAAAGAAUGUUGGUGGUGGUGCCGACGGCUCGAUAUCAACAUUCUCCGACAUCGAGACCAACUUCCAUGCCAACAACGGCAUCGAUGAAAUUGUUGAGGAACAAAGACCGUUCGUUGCUGCGCACAAUAUGACCGCCGGAGAUUUCAUCCAAUUUGCAGGCGCUAUUGGUGUUAGUAACUGCCCUGGUGCUCCUCGGCUGGAAUUCUUUUUUGGUCGUCCCACAGCGAUAGCUCCGGCCGCCGAUCUGACUGUCCCAGAGCCUUUUGAUACCGUCGACAGCAUUCUCGCCCGUUUCAGUGACGCUGGCUUCACCACAGCUGAAGUUGUCGCCCUCCUUGCCUCCCACACGAUCGCCGCGGCCGAUCACGUUGACCCAACCAUCCCUGGAACGCCAUUCGACUCGACUCCGUCCACGUUCGACACUCAAUUCUUUGUUGAGACCCAGCUUCGUGGAACACUCUUCCCAGGAACGGGUGGGAACCAGGGCGAGGUAGAGUCGCCUUUGGCGGGCGAGAUUCGGCUGCAGUCCGAUUCAGAGCUGGCUAGAGACUCUCGCACCGCUUGCCUAUGGCAAGCCAAUGUCAACCAGCAGACUCACAUGGCCAACUCUUUUGCUGCGGCGAUGGCAAAGUUGGCUGUCCUCGGUCACAACACGGCUGACAUGAUUGACUGCUCGGAGCUGAUCCCUACGCCUCCGCCCUUCGCCAACGUUGCCACCUUCCCAGCUGGGAUCAACUCCAACGAUGUAGAACAAGCGUGUGCCACUACUCCUUUCCCAACUCUCGGCACCGAUCCUGGCCCAGUUACCUCGGUUGCCCCAGUCCCUCCUUCUUAA